AUGGAAGCGCGGGUAAUGCAAGUCCUAAAGCAGUCGAGUCUGCACAUCCCAAGCCAGGUGCUCACGGACCAAGAUGUGGCCGACAGGAUCCGCUUAGACAUGCAGAAACGAGCUAGGAAGGUCCGCGACCACGGCGUCUUUGCUUACACGCAACCCAUCGCGCCGACGCAAAACGUCAACAAGGGGUUCCUUCUCAACACGAUUAAGAGCGUUGAUACACACAACCAGCGGCAGGAAGUGGACGCAUGCUAUCGCAAGCGGCAGUUGGAACAGCAUCUCGACGACAACCCUAGACGACAAAGGCAGCGACUCGACACGAGAAAGCGUUCACGAUCCCAGGACCGGCGUCCGCCAUCGCGAGACAUCACGGCAAGUGAUCAUGUCCACGAGCGCGAGUUCUGGGCGGCGCGGAAGGCGCUCAAGUCGCAAGCCAUCUUGGACAAAGUGGGUGAUCGCAUGUGUUCGGUAGACAACGCCCCAGCGUACGAAAGCGACGAAAAAGCGGCCAAAAAACACAAAAAACGUGCCAAAAACGCCCAAAAAAAGCUCAAAAAGCUCAAAAAGAAGCGCAAAGCAGACUGA